AAACGUCGUCAGGCAGGCCGGGUCAAUAUCAAUAGGGCAGGUAGGUACAGGGGGAGCAAGCGGAGAUUGGUCAGGGUCACAAGCCAGGGAUCAGAACAGGAGAAGUCAGCAGCGGUUCAGAAACAGGAUACAGGGCCCAGGACAAACACAACACCAAGGCCCGAAAACAGGAUACAGGGCCCAGGACAAACACAACACCAAGGCCGAGUCUGUGGGUCUGGCCAUCCCUUAAAUACCCCAGCAUAAUCAGUUACAGGUGUUAGCUGGCUGCAAAGUUGAGUCUCUGAUUGCUGGGAACACCCGCUGGCCAGCCCUGGUACUGCAGAUCAAAAGGCAGGUGAGUCCCACCAUAGCUGGCCAGUCCAUUCCUGACAGAGUGGUAGUGCAGACACAGAUU